AUUUGUGUGGCAUGGAGUUCCAACAGGAAAUAAGGGAAAUUUCAAUGCCACGAAGCGGCCAUCGAAAAAGCAAUCGAGAGACAGUCGCAAUGAGGAAUUUGUUGGUUGCGUUCGCCCUGGUGGGCCUCCUCGCAAAAGAGGUUCCGGCAUUCAAGUCCCUAGGGGGCGACCUUUCGCUCGAGAGGCACCGCCGUGACGCUGACCAAUGUUCUUUGACGACUAUUAAGAAAUCACUGGAUUGCUGCGACCUACCCGACGGAAUUCCAGAAGAAUUCUACGGACCGUGUCUCAGCAAAGUGACCAAAAAGAAAAGGGACCCGAAAGCCAAGAGAAUUCAAGGAAUGUCAUUUGCGUGCACUCUGAGCUGCAUUUUGGAAAAAACCGACAUGCUUAAAAGCGACGGUUACGCAAAUCUCACCGGGCUUCAGCAAUUGUACCUCAGCAACUCGAGUGCCGCUUGGGUGCCAGUCGUGAAUGCUGCAUUUAACAAGUGCACCAAGGAGCAGAAAACCGCCGAAAUAACAACCGAGGGCGAGUGCAAACUUCCGAAUCUGCAUUUCGCAUUUUGUCUUUACCAGUAUGCCGUCCAGAAAUGUCCUUCGGAGAGCCUAAAGAGGCAAACAGGCCAGUCCGCAAAAAUUCAGGCGGCAAAAUGCAAGAGCUCGAUCGCAAAAGUGUCCAAAUGCGAUCCCUGGACGCCCCUGCAGGCACCGUCUGAUUCUCAACAAAAAACUACAGGCUAAAAUGGAAAAGCAAACACUCUGUGCAUGAAAAUUAAAGAUUUUUUGUGCA